AAGGGGCAUUUGCAUUUGGAUUUCGGAGAACGCGCUGUGAUAAAAUAAUCGUCUAGAGUCCAGAUUGAUAUAUAUAAUAGUCCAAUAUUUUUUGGACAUAAAGCUUUAAAAAUUUACUUUACCUUCGUUCUCUGUUUCAAUGUAAAAUGGCUUUAAACUUGCCACCAGUUCCUGCUAUAUUGAAACCUAUUCAACAUUUUCUGAAAGUUGCCUCAGAACAUGAAAAAAGGGAUCCUGUCAUCACUUACUGGUGUCGUUUGUAUGCUCUCCAGACGGGUAUGGGAAUUGACAAGUCCAAUGAGUCGCUAGCCAUUCUCAUUCCCUUGAUGGAUUGGCUGGAAAAUACCAAAAAGGCCAGUACCGCCAAUGAGGCUAUCGUCCAGGAUGUGGUGGCGCAGGCGCACGUGGAAAACUACGCCAACCGUCUGUUCCUCUGGGCAGAUAAGGAGGAUCGGGCAGCGCGCUUCAACAAGUCGGUGAACGACCUCAGGCUGACCUGGCUUGCCCGAGCAGCUCGCUGGAACGUGGUGAAGGCCUUCUACACAGCGGGCGUCAUCUUCGACGUGUGUGAGACGUUCGGCGAGCUCUCUGUGGAGGUGCAGGAGCAGCGCAAGUACGCCAAGUGGAAGGCGGCGUAUAUCCACAACUGCCUGAAGAACGGCGAGCAGCCGCAGCCGGGGCCCGCCGGCGGCGGAGACGACGAAGCAGAAGGCGACGUUUCGCUGUCGGUGCCGUCACAGCCGCAGGAACCGGGCCCCUCGGAGCCUCACCCAGUGGGUUUCCACCAGCCGCAGGACCCGGCACACAGCGCCUACCAGCCCCCGGCGGCUCCCGGCCCCUACCAGCCGGCUCCGACCCCCUACCAGCCGGCUCCGACCCCGCACCACCCUCCCCCGGCGGCACAGACGCCCACACCCGCCCCGCCGGCCCCGGCGCCGCGCGCCGCCGCUGCGAGCGGCUCGGCCGUCUCACUCAACUUUGAUCAGAUCGCCAAGGCACAGAAAUACAGCAAGCUGGCGUACAGCGCACUGAACUACGAGGAUGUGCCGACAGCAGUGGCGAACCUGCAGAAGGCACUGACGCUCCUACAGACCGGCCAGGACUCUUAGGCGGUAGGCGGAGGGGCGGAUAGCAGAACGGGGAGGAGGGGGAGGUUGGUACGAGAUGGGCGGGGAGACAAGGAGGGGGGUAAGAGGCGGGCGGGUGGCACCGGAGAUUGAUCCAGGUAUGGAUAGUGAGUGCCUGGGAGGGACGCGCUUUGGGCGAUCGCAACACCUGCGUAAGUGAUAGCUUUUGUCGCUGCCGAGAUGUGUGAAUGAUGCUGGUAGAUAUCGAUUGGUGAAUGUUUCACCAGGUAUUAUGCUAUGAAAGUGUGAGUUUUCAACUUCAUCUACACUCGCCAUUUUGCACAUGGUAGAUUUGAGUGUGCACCGUAUUUGGUAGUACGUGUGUGCUCACAUGGAAUGAAGUGGCCAUUUUCGUGUGCUAGCUUAACCAAGUCAAGUUGAAUCGGCUAAAUGCAUCCCGUCAUAUAAUCAACCAGUGAGUUUCAUUUCGUCUUGCUAAUUGAACAAAAUGGAACGGAUGGAUAAGUGAAAGCAUAGUUUUGUCUCGGUAAGCAGGAAUGCCUUUGAGAUGCUUCUUUGUCUGAUGAAAAUAACUGCGCUGUUCAGCAGUGUUCGGUCCAGAUUAAAUGAGAUUUGAUAGUUGCUACGCUACUGAACUGAAAGUAUUCAAGAAACUCGGGAUAGCUCAAGUUGAUAGGGCUUAUCCGGAAACAUUUGAUGUUAGCGCAGAUGGACGUUUUGUGGCCAUUUACUUUUUCUUUCAGCGCAUUUGAAAGGCAUUGUCUUCAGUGUGUUUUGCGCCUCACCGGGAAUUGCUUAGGAGGCUGAAUGACGUUCUUUGUCGGCAUAUAUAUGUUGUUUAUUGUCGCGUCAGUGAUGAUAUCUUCCCAGUCAUGUUUCUUGCAAGGAGUGAUAUCGGCGGCCUCCACUGCUUGUGCUUGACUGCACCAAUAUACUGGCCUCGAUCCACCAA